AUGGACAAAAAGAAAGAAUUCAAGACACUAUGUCCGCCUACAAGUGUUCAGGGUCACAUUCAACAGAUUUUGAAGCAGAAUAACAGCCUCUCUGGUCAACUCUCAGAAGAGUUAGAAACUAUCCUUGCAACCUUAGUAGCACUUCCCUUCAAAGAUGAACUACAGCGAGGAAUCUUCCUUGAACAAGUACAGAAAUUGCAAGGCUACCACAUCAUUCAGAUUUUCAACUUAGCUGUUGCUCCAUGUCGAAACUCUGUGGUGGAAUCUUCCAUACAUUUUGGGCAAAAUUUCAAGAAACUUGUUGAUAUUUGUAUCCUUUUUUGUUACACCUAUGAUGUGUCGAAGCGAGUUGCCUUUUACUAUUACAGGAGCGCUUUACAAUUCUGUUUUCCUUCUGACACCAACCUGAAAUGCCUGUCCUUGGGAGUUCUUUCUAACUUACUGAAACUUGUACAAAUUUUUCAAGAUGGGAAGUUAAAGGCUUCGGCUGACUCUUACUAUGAUGAUAACUUUAUAUUACUCGGCAAACACAAUUAUACCAAAGAUUUCUUCAGCAGACUGCUCCAGGUUCUUGACAGUAGACGCAAUGAAGACUAUCUAGUCGAGGUCAUCGAUAUAACAGUAAGGUUAGCCUCGGUAGACGACAAAGAUGUGAUGAAAUCAAACGAUUAUGUCGGUGCACUGCGAGAAGGACAGACGGUCUCAUCAUUCUUGGUAACCAACUGGAUGAAACUUCUGGAAUCAGCGAAUGUCAGCAAUGCUUUUGCAUGUGCUUUAGCGGCGGUUGAUCUUUCCGGAGAGAAAAUCGAGCCUCUCGGUGUAGGUUUCCAAUAUUCAGUUUCCACUUUACCUUGUCAAAGUACCAUUUUCUAUUUUUUGGGGGUUUUAGAAGAAAUGAAAAGGAAGGCCGAUAACCUUAUGAUGCCCAACGACAAGACAAGGAUGGACAUACUUUUAAACCAUGUAGAUCACUUCUGCAUCCACCCUAACGUAGCUACCUUAUCCCUUCAGUUGCUAGCAGCGAUUACUAUUUCCAAUGAUGUCUUGAGAGAAGUUCUCGAUGGAUUCUUUCACAAAGAAAGAACUGAGUCACGAUUCUUGGAAACAGCGCUCGCGCUCCUGUUAAAAGGUCUGUUGCUAUGUCCAAACGGUGAGCUACUCAACAAAGUCAUGAAUUUUUGGAUAAAAGCUUUUUCUGAUGACCAAGGCUACGGAAAUCUUGCUUGCUUGUUGGCCCUUUUGGAUGAAGGAUCAGGCAGCAAUACGGAAACAGCUGAAAGUGUACUGAAUUUCCUAGAACAACUUCCUCGCACUUUGUUACCUUCGAUGAUGGUCUGGAGAAAUGUGCUUUGGUGGCUAACUAAGAUCUUUCCAACCUCCUUUCACUUGCGUCAAGAGGUUUUGGUCUUGAUUGAGAAGACUUCAGCUGCAGCCGCAGGACUACCAGUUGAACGGCACUGGCUUGAACGCCCUCCCUAUGGACUGGUACCAACUUUACAAUUUUUAGGAAGGGUGUACCAUCAAAAUUGCACAGAAGAAGCUAAGAGCGAGAUGAUUCGGCUGCUCACCUAUUGCACUCUCAAUGAAACAACUAGCAACUCAUGGGCUCCUUCAUCAGAUCUGGAUCUUGUUGAAUUCUUAAGCGUGUGUGAGCAGCUGCCGUUUAACAUCAAAAAGCAUCUCCUUUGUGAUUCAAACCCAUCCCUUAAGAGGCAAUUGAAAACACUUUGGAAUGAAUUUUCUACUAAAACAAGAUCAAGUCAAAAUCAUAUGUGUAAAGGAGAAAUCUUGAAUGAAGUUCUCUCAAUUAUCAUGACUUUUUCUGCCGAAGAGGGACCUGCGACCAUUCCUGAAGAUGUAUUGGAGGCGUUAUUAUCCCUAUCUAGACUGCCGCUCUCAGGUGAAAGAAAACUUAGAAUCAUCAAGUGCCUUUCGAAUAAAUCUGAAACUAGCUAUAAGAUUGUUCUCUACAUUCUGUUACUAAUGCAAACACAAGCGUGCGUCCUGCAAGAGGAAGCAAACGAAUACUUUGAUCUUCUUUGGCAUGCAGUUCUGGAUACUCUAAAAGGCGACCAUCUGUCAUGUGAAAAGCUACUUUCCAGUCAGCAUUCCACUACUCAGUUUCCUUCCACUAAUGUGUUAAAAGUGUGGACCUCUACUGUCAGCGGACUGAUAUCGCUGGGAUUAUUUAAGGAAGACAUCGAUGUGAAAGUUUGCCGCUCUGUUCUUAGUAUGGCAUGGGGGUUUGGUUCCCCAUAUGAGAUUUUGCAACUUUUCUCUCUUAUGAGAUCAACAGCUCUCAGACUAGCUUGUCUAUCCAGAAGUCCAACGGAAGCUUUUUCGUCCCUUAACGCUCAAGAGUCUUUUAAAGGGUGCUCUACUAAGAAUUCCGAUCUUUUGGAGAUGUUAGCUCGAGCUGCUGGAGCUAUUCUGCAUUUUGAUAUGUUCUCAACUAUGAAUAAGUUGGUAUUGAUCCAGAAAAUGUGCAAUAUUACUCUUAGUAGUCCACCAACUAUGGCAACAUUGACAAGUGCCAUGCACCAUUUGCUUCCCUUUUUUCAAGGGUCUUUGGCGAAAGGCAGUGUUUCAAGCUAUGAGGAAAUCCACUUGCUUAAUCAGGUCAUCGAUAUCUUACAUGAUUCCGCACUGCUGAACAAGCUCACAAGAAUACCAACAGCCGUAACAAGAGACUUUUCGUCUGCUUUUUCUAGAAAGUUUUCCUCAGUGUCUUCCAUAACUGACGGGCUAAAAAUUCUUGUCCUCAUUUCCUCGAUGCAAGACUUGGCUCAAGCAUUCUUCGACCAUUUAGGACCCUUUAUCAAGGUGGCCAUUGAAAAGAUGUCAUCACUGAAGGGCGUUCUAGAUGUUUUGGAAGAGCUGGUGCAUGUUAUUCGUAAUGUUCGGCCAGAGCUGAUUCCUUUCACGAUGCUCAACGUUUCGUUUCUGCUGGGAAAUCCUGUCGAUCAACAAGAAAAACAAGAAUUUUUGUCUGAAGUUUCCGCGAGGUGGAAAAUUCCUCCUAGCUACCAGAUAUUGUCGUAUUUUGACGUUCCAAGACUACUUUGGAAAAUUUACAAUUUUUCAAAUGAUUCAUCGAGGACAGGGGAGUUGAUGAAGCGUCUGAGAGAAAUUCUGAGGAAAACCAGCGCCGAUCGAUUUCACUCUGAGUGGCAUUUUGGAUGUCACCAUAUUAUACCUAUGACAAGAACAAUUGCAUGUUGUGAACUUGAGUGGCUUGUCUUUUAUUCCGCCAUUUCAGAAGAAGAUGCAGGUCUUGCACUAGAUCUGAGUAAUCGUUUCUUCCAAGUUAGCUCUGGGCGACAGGCGAGAUGUUUGAAUUUUUCUGACGUACGAAUUGAAGAUGGGCUCUUCAAGUUUAAACCUUAUGAAGAUAAAAUGCCUUCUGGGGUACGUAGCAAGGUUCUCUGUGCAACACCCGUGGUAAAAGUGGAAUCAAUCCCCACCGACAAGAAGGUGGGAGAGGCCAUUGUAACCCCAGUCUUAAUGGCCGUGCAAGUCAUUUAUCACUUCAAACGUCUAGUCGUACACAAGAAUCAACUUCAUGAGAAUUCCUGGGCGUUUUGGAAACACAUCUUUGAAUCAGAGAAACAAUUUCGGUGUGCAAAAGGAUGCAAACUGUCUGUAGACGAUUUUGUGCAUUCUUUUUUAUCGAUUCUAGCCGAGGCGCCGUCCUUAGAAAUUGUUUUUCACUGGGCAAAACAGCAUGACCAAUUCUGCCCGCGUUGCUGCUCAAAGGUUAUUGUAGAGGCUUGUAAGGUGCAUCGGAACGACCUCGACAAGGAGACUGCCUUCAAUUUUCACACGUUAGUCAGUGAAACGUUGUCUAAGAUGCAAAUGCCUCGCUUUCUUUACUUCAGACGUCUCAAGCCUAGCUUUGAGCAGCUACAUAGGUUUCUGGAGAAGCGGUUGCACAUUAAAGUAAUAUCAAGUGUUCUAGAGCUAUACAAAAUCAACAUCCAGGCUGGUGACACUGUUGGCGAGAUUGUCUCUGUGUGGUCUUCCAUUGAACAGUCACUGGAGCUGGUGAGGGAAAUUCGUCUUUUGUGCGAAAAAGGCGUGAUGUCUUCCUUGAACCGUUUGCAAAGUGAAUUUAUAUUACAGUUACUUGAAUCAUUCGCUCACCGUUGCAAGAAUUCGAGUGGAGAUCUUUUAACUAGGCUAAAGAAACUUCAUGAGUUAUACGACCAGCUGAGAGAUGAUCCGUAUGGCCUUACCAUUUUGCCUAAGUGGAGGCAGGCGACGAUAACAGACGGAUUUUCUGCUCGGGCAAUUGACUCUUGGUGUCAAGCAUUUCUUCUGACGCCACUGAAGGAUCUGAAAUCACACGACAUUGAAACCAUUUUUUCUCUAAGCUCUCGCUCUUUGCAGCUUGCUAAUGUAGACUCCACGUCGCUGCAAAUUAACACACCUCUGCCUGAGAUGAUCAAGAGAGUCAUCUUUCCUGACGAUGGUUUUCAAGUGAGUGAUGGAGAAGGCAUCAAGACGGGUGAAACUAACGAACGCAUACGAUUAGCUAGAUUGCUAAGCGAAUUCGUCAAUAUCUUGAGACCUCUACAACCUGAAAAAAAUCUCAAAGAUGCUAAUGUCAGACAAUUAGUUCUCGAUGCCUGCCAAAGGUUUUGCGUUAGCUAUGAAAAUAAAGAGGAAGGGAUCAAACAUCUCUACAAAAUUCAUAACCAGACACUGAAGUCUCUAUUGACAGAGAUCUUUGGUAAGGGAACAUCUCUACGGAAAGGAACCGACGAACCAAGAAGAGAUGCAAUGUCCGUUGCGAGUCAAGCAUGCUUCCUGCAGGAGUAUUUUCCAGCUGCUCUGAGAUACAAGGAAGUGCAUGAAUCGUUGCUUAUUUUGCUGAGGCGUUGGCUUACUGGGAUCGUUACCAAACCAACCCUCGUCUCUCAUACUCGAAACAUUUUGCAGCCUCUACUUUCACAUCAAUCCUCUGAUGACUUUAAUGAUGACCCUACUCUAGUGGAAAGAUUACUUGUCACCAUCCAAGGGCGCAUUUUAUCUAUCGAAAGAAAUCAAUCUCUCAUCGCGCAAUUUCAAGCAGUAGGAUACAAUCAAAGGGAACCAGACAGUCCAGAUCUGUGGUCUUCACCCAAAAUUGAACUUCCUUGCUACCUAAGUGAGCGAAAGUCGCCGAAUGACACAAUAUCUGAUGUCCUUAGAUCACACUGGAAUGAAUGGAAGGAUCUCCUUUCCAUCUACCAUGUUGAAUUUGUUCAAGUCGGUGAUGUCAAAGUACAGAGACACGACCUCUUUGGAGCUCAGGCAACCUUGGAGGAGAUGGAGGAACAGGUUACUGCCGUAAAGGAGUGCGCCAGACAGCUAAGCUCGGAACUUUUUUCCCAUGAUUCCUUCCACUCAGCGGGAGAACUGGACAGACGUAUCGAGCAGCUGAUACGUGGAGAAAAACAGCAUCGAAUGGCCAAUGAAAAACUAUGCAAGAGCAAGAGGGUAAGUAAGGAUAUAGAUCAUAACCAAAAUUUUCUUUGUGAUGAUUUUAUGGUGAUCUAAUCGUAUUUGAGCAGGUAAGACUUUUCACAGGGAUCCGUCUUAAGUCUGGGACACUAAUUACAACUUUCAAAGCAACAAAUUGUCACUACGAAGAAUUAAAUUUCUAGCCCUGUAAAAUUAAGUGCUAUAUAAUUAUAGCGCAGCAAUUAUGAAUCAUGUCAUUUCAACUGGUCACAAAAACAAGUUUGAAAGAUCAUGUUAUAUUUUGGUACUGUAAAACUUUCGAUUUAGAAUUAAGUAUGUUGUCUCUUUCUCCCGAGGAAAUUAUGCUGCUUUAAAGUUAAUCGUUGUUAUAACGCAAUGGAACUUUCCAUUUCUUUUAGUAGAGUAGAAAUUUGGGCAUAACAUUUAAGGGGAGAAGUAUGAGAGAAAAUCACCUCGCAUGCUAAUGUACAUUGGAAUAAGGAGUACUAAUCUAAGUAAAAAUUACACUAUGAUGAUUCUUUUCAGGAUUCUGAAAUGAAGAAAUUUGUCGCUGUUUGGGAGAACCAGUUUUUCGAACAGGUCACCCUGUGCUCGGAGAGAAUUCCAGGCAAGUCGAAGUUUCUUUACCUGACUCCUUCAGUCUGCUAUUGAUGAAUUCACUGUUGCUUAGCUUUUGCAAAUAUAUUUCAAUCGAAAAAUGUUAGCCUCCAACAUCAAGCAUCAUUAUCUCCGAUUGAACAGCCGAGUGAUUUACCAUACUCCACGUCAAUAGAAUUUGUGUGAUUUGCUAUAAAAGUACUUGUUCUUAAGAAUUAAUUGUAGGAAUGCUAAGCCAUUAGGAGACAGUGUUUAAUGGGGCUUACUCCACACGUAAUAUACCGCUGAACGGAGGGAGUUUAUAAUUUUUCAACACUUUUUUUAACAAUACUAAUUUGACACUCAAUCGCAAAGGAUGUUAUGCUCCCAACGGUUUCCACGCCGAGAAACCCGUGAUAUGCGCUCUGUCCGUGGAUAACAGGAUCUUGACCGUAUUCAAAGAGGAGAAAGGGCGCAGAGAGGAAAUCGAAAAUGUUGAGGUGAAGCUCUUUGAACCUGGUUUGUACGUGUACGGGUUGCAUACCAGUGGUCAUGAGUACGUCACUGACGAACUAUGGGCCGCGUUUUAUAAGAUGCUAUUAGAAAAACGAUUGGUGCCCAGAAUUGUCUUGUCCAACGAAAGCCCAGGAUUUAAUUGGAUAAAGAAUUUUGCACAACCUGGUAAGUAUGCAAUUUCUAUAACGCACCAGUUAUGAAUCAUACAGUCAAUCUGAUUUGGAAUGAAAAGAAAAACAGCUGUUAGCCGAGAUAGCUAAUUUUCCCUUACUCGGUUAUUCAUCCCUUUCCCUGAUCUUGAAGUAGAAAAAUAAACCAUGCGCAUCAAUUGCCACCUCUGUCACGUCCUCGCCGUCUGAAUACCCGACGUUCAGUUUCCUUUACCAGGUGUUACCAAGUUGUUGGAAAAAAAAAAGUUCGCGUAGAUUUUAGUAUUACUUCUAUACAUCUUGACUAGAAGUAUAUACACGCCGUAAAACGUUUACUAACGGUAACGGGCGCAUGGCCCUUUCCGUCAAUCUCAAGUAUUUACACUAAAGACCGGGACAAAUUAAAGGUGGCGUCAACUCGUAGUGCGACAGUUUCUUCUUGCGUGUGAGAUGCACAAUGUAUAAGUGCAAAUGAAGCACACCUUCAAACGCGUUUAGAUUUCAGCGACUUAUUUUGGAAGCAGUACGAACGAAUCCAAGUUCUAGAGACCUGUCGUUGCGACUUGUAUCUUGCAUGGUGUGUUUUGGCGGUUAAGGUUAACAAGCCACAAGAGGCGCUUGGAUUAAAUGGCUCCCAACGUGAGUUUUAACUGGGUGAAUGUAUUCCCAGGACACUGAGUAAGGGAUCUUGAACCCCAACAGUAUUACAAGUUCCUACUUCGUGUUAGAAUAGAAUUGAGUGGGGAAAGCAGUGUCAGCUUCUGAGGGCAAGGUCACAAACUAAAGGAAAGUCUAUCCUGCGUGACUAGCGAUUUUGCUUUUUUUUUCUUUUUUUUUUUCGGUGUGCUAAGCGGCGAAGCUGACAAUUUUUAAAACCAUCUUCCGUCCUUAUCCCCGCACGGCCCCGUCGCUAAUCGCUUUUGCGCCGCCAAAAUCUCCACCUACGCAGGCUAAGGAGAGUUCAAUUCAUAGCCAACAGAAAUGCUGGUAUCCUUCAAGGGAAUAACUUUCUUCCAGAAUGUAGAAGUGUAAGGGUCCAUUUGAGAAUUCUCCAGCUCUGCUUUUCGGUUACUGAGGUGUCUAGUCGAUGGGCUUCGACCAAAUCCAGACAUGAGACAUGUUGCAAUUGUGGUAUUUUUCUUAUAUAUUUCAUACAGCCACAAGUCUUCCUUAUCCCAGGAAGUGGGACCUUCAUGAGGGGAUUGUUCCUGAAAAGGAAGACUAUUUCGAUUACUUGCCACUCUAUGCAGCGUUGGGGAACCGCGUGAGUCGAUUGACAGAAUUUGUCACUCUAACGACCGAGAACGCUAGCAGUUUUCAGUUCAAAGAUUUGAAGGUAUUAAAAAAUGUCAGAGGAACACAUUAUGCAUGUUUAAUGAUUAUCAUAGUGGCACUGUUUUGCUCCUACAACGAUGCAAAAUACUUGUAUUUUAAAAUAUUUGUGGUUGCCUCCCAGUUUCCCUCCCCCCGCCCGCACCUUACUAUGAGCUGAAUUGAAGUGUUGCCAAUCAAAACGUCAUUACCAAAGCACUUAGUGUUCACAGUUUGAUGCCCCUUUUAGAACGCUGAGCCUAUGCAUAACUCUCCCACACCUAUGUAAUAUGUAAAGGGCUAAGUUAGUGAGGUUCUCUACCUCGCAUCCUCUAGUUCUUACCGAUUAUUUAUUCAUUAAAAUGUCUGGCACUGCUUCAAACGUCAUAUCAGAAAUCUUCAUUUUUAUAUCAAGGACCCCAACAUCGUCGAGAACCAAGAAAAGAAGUCGAAGCAAAUGAUUGGAGAAGCUAUUAAGCAACUCAAACACGAGCUGCAAAUUUUGCAUGGAGAGGACGAGCCGACCAAAAGAACUUUGGCGGGAAGAUUAGCGGUGUUGGUCCGAAAGACGGUGAAAUGCAUAGUUGAUGGGGUACAUCCUACGCUACAGAUGGUAGAUCAACAUAUCGAUAUAAAUAAACUUGCUUUUCGACGCCCAGAGGUGGAUAGGAGUGAUGAGGGUCGACAACAGUACGCAGCUGCGGUACUUCGUGCGUGUGAGCGUGCGCGAUUGAUAUUUACCUCGAGUGCAGGACAAUAACUUGUGACAAAAAAGUCAAUAUUAGCACUAGGAAACUUUUUGGAAUUAAAUCCCCUCAAAAGAUCGUAGCAUUUCAACUAACCAAUAAUGUAAACCAAGCUUGCUAAUUUUUUUCCAAUCAGCAUUGUAAAAUCUCUUUACUUAGAGCCUCAGACAGAUCUUAAUUCCCGAUAUCCUCGGUAUCUUAGAAACUCAUUGAAUCUAAAAUCUAAGUUGUUAUUGGCUCUUCACACAAACCUCUUGACUCACAAAUUUUUUUACACCUUUCUUUAUUACUAUCAUUACCAUCGUUAUUUUCUUACCUACUUACUCUAUACACUCUAUUUUUCUCAAAAAUUUUAUCAAACUAAAACGUUAAAGACUCUUUACCUGGGAUUAACGUUGGAGCAAAAAAAAUUCAGGGCUUCGUCUAAGUUUCUCUUCACUUCGUAUUUAUUCAAUCAUUUACUUAUUGAAGGGGACGCACGUUUUUGACAGCACCCAUGAGAUUCUUAACUUUAGCAAUUUGAUUCUCUAUUUCUUAAAUAUUUUGAACUUGUUUUCUUGUAAUUAUAAUAAUAAUUGGGGCGCGCUUCUUUAUAUUUGCGACUGUUAAUAUAGUGUUUGGCGAUAAGUGUUAGAUGGUGUAAUAACAGUUCGAGGAUUAUAGUCACAGAGGAAAAUUUUUCCAUGUUUGAUAUAAAUUGUGUCAGGCAUUGAGAAACUUUUCCCCAAAGGACUUCGAAUAAUUGCACUUCAAGAAUGAGAAGUAAGGCUUUCGGUUUCGUUUUCACAGUAGGAACAAG